CGCCUAACAGGUUGGAGAUGAGGCGCAGUUGACUGGAUUCAUUCUUCCAGCUGAAUGCGCUCCUGACGCAGGGAGAACGCGUUUGGCACGACACUGGCAGUCGGACUUUUAUUGUGAAAAGCCGCCGUGGAAGCCGCCUCUGUUGUCUGGCCCGAAUCCGCUGGAAGUUCGGACAACAUGGCGGGUCGGGACCGGAUCGUUUACCUGUUCAGACAGCUGGAGCGCGCAGCGUGCAGAUGCCCCGCCCACUCCAGCGCCUUGCAUCAAGGGACCGGAGCGGCCAGCGGCACCGGCAGGAAGACGGACUAUGCCUUCGAGAUGGCCAGCUCCAACAUCCGAUACGGCGCCGGAGUCAGCAGAGAAAUCGGCAUGGAUCUGCAGAACCUCGGGGCCAGGAACGUCUGCCUGAUGACGGACCAGAACCUCUGCCGCCUCCCUCCCAUGACGGCCGUCCUGGAGUCUCUGGGGAAGAACGGCGUCGCCUUCAAGGUCUUCGACAACGUGCGGGUGGAGCCGACGGACUCCAGCUUUAAGGAAGCCAUCUCAUUUGCUAAGAAGGACUCGUUCGACGUGUUCGUGGCGGUGGGCGGCGGCUCGGUCAUCGACACCUGUAAGGCCGCCAACCUGUACUCCUGCCACCCUGAGGCCGACUUCCUGGACUUCGUCAACGCUCCGAUUGGCAAAGGCCGCCCGGUGACCAACGCGCUGAAGCCGCUCAUCGCAGUUCCAACCACCGCGGGCACCGGCAGCGAGACCACCGGCGUCGCCAUCUUUGACUACGAGCCUCUGAAGGCGAAGACAGGCAUCGCCAGCAGAGCCAUCAGACCCACGCUCGGCAUCGUGGACCCCCUGCACACCCUCAGCAUGCCUGAACGGGUCGCCGCCAACAGUGGAUUCGAUGUCCUGUGCCACGCCCUGGAGUCCUACACCGCCCUGCCCUACAGCCAGAGGGCGCCCUGUCCCACCAACCCCAUCUACCGCCCCGCCUACCAGGGCAGCAACCCCAUCAGCGACGUCUGGUCGCGCCACGCCCUCAACGUAGUGGCCAAGUACAUGAAGCGGGCCGUGCGGGACCCGGAGGACCUGGAGGCCCGGUCCAGCAUGCACCUGGCCAGUGUGUUCGCUGGGAUCGGCUUUGGCAACGCUGGAGUGCACCUGUGCCAUGGGAUGUCCUAUCCAAUCGCAGGAAACGUGAAAACGCACGCAGCGAGGGGCUACUGCGUGGAGCACCCCCUGGUGCCUCACGGCCUCUCCGUCGUCCUCACGUCUCCGGCGGUCUUCAGCUUCACUGCACCAAUGUGCCCGGAGCGCCACCUGGAGGCUGCGGAGAUUCUGGGUGCAGACGUGCGGCAGGUGAAGCGGGAGGAUGCCGGAGCGGUUCUGGCUGACACGCUGCGUCAGUUCCUGUUCGACCUGCAGGUGGAGGACGGACUCGCCGCCGUCGGCUACAGCAGAGACGACAUCCCGGCUCUGGUGGAGGGAACGCUCCCUCAGGAGCGCGUCACCAAGCUGUCGCCGCGGGCGCACAGCGAGGAGGACCUGAGCCGGCUCUUUGAGUCCUCCAUGAAGCUGUACUGACCUCAGAACGGCUCCAGCCAGCGCCGCCUUCAGUCGUCAGGGUUUGAUCGAUCCGGAUCAGAACCAGCCGCUGACCAGCCGGCCCGAAUGGCGCCUUCACGGACCACCGGAGGUCCAGAGGGUUCUGAAGGAGGAUGAAUGAUUGUUGAUAAUCUGCUUAAACCUGUUUAAUAACCGCUUUGAUCAGAAUAAAAGAGUCUGAGCGUU